CGCGCAAUCCAUCUGUGGCCAGAGGGAGUGAUAGUCUCUCUUCCACGUCCGUUUUCGCUGUCUGGCCUGUCCCGCUGUUCCAGUAUCUCCUCUCCUUCAUUCACAGUCACACAUUGGUCAAUACAGAUACCUAGUAGCAAGUAGCAACAACCCCACAUGGCUGCUUCCAACACAAGAAUCCGUUUCUUCCUCGUGCUGUCCUACCUUGCAUCACACGCCGCCGCACUCUCCUUCAACCAUAGCGGCUCCGAUCACCGCCGCCCCGCUUUCUCUCCCCAUGAUAAGUCCAUUGGGAUUAACACCACCGAAUUCUGCUCUCCCGUCGCCUUUUCUGCGUUACAAGAACAACAAAGUACCUCUGGCGGCUCUGUGGGAAAUAAUGUCAAAUUUCCCAACUCUACAUGUUACAGAAUUACCUCUCUGUCCACCGCCAGUCGUAGAAGAAUAGAUCGUCGACAUUCCAGGAAACAGCAUAAGACUCGAAAGUUGCUGUCCGGUACAGAUGUCCGAAGAGCGACGAGGAAACGUCAUGGUGCAUUCCCCGGGAAGGUCACGCCGGCGUGGCUGGAACAACCAGCUGUCCCAGGUUCGGUUUUGAUCGGGUUUAUAUGUGCCGCGGCAGCCCUUAUUCUCUGCUGCAGCCGUAGCAACAGGUCGCGGCAGAGCCCUCCGUCUACCGAGCUGGAACUGGAAGACGACGGCGGGCAAAUCAUAAGACCUCAACUCCGGCGAGGAUUGAGCCCCCGGGAGUUCGAGUACAGUGAACUCGCGGCCGCGACGGACAAUUUCCCGGAGGAGAGUAAGAUCGGGAGAGGGGGGUUCGGUCCUGUGUACCGAGGCUACUUGACUGAGGAAGACCGUCAUGUGGCCAUCAAGGUCCUCUCACAGGAGCUGUCCGUCCAGGGUCUCAAGGAAUUUCUAGCCGAGGUCACCAUCAUGAGCCAGCUCAGGCACCGCAACAUCGUCCGUCUCGUCGGCUGGUGCGGUCGCCGGAGAGAGCUAGCGCUCGUCUACGAGCUCGUGCCAGGAGGCAGCCUCGACACUCAUCUCUACAAUCCUGACACACACUUGACUUGGCCAGAGAGGUACAAGAUCGCGCUGUGCUUGGGCUCAGCCUUGCGGUACCUCCACACGGAAUGCGACCAGUGCGUCGUGCACGGCGACAUCAAGCCUGCAAACGUGAUGCUCGACGCGUCCGGCAACGCCAAGCUCGGCGACUUCGGGCUAGCGAGGCUCGUCGAUCACGGAGCCGAGCCCCAGACAACGCAGGUCAUCGCGGGCACCGUCGGGUACAUCGACCCGGAGUUCGUCAGCAGCCGCAGGCCAAGUGCGGAGUCCGACGUGUACAGCUUCGGGAUCGUGCUCCUCGAGAUCGCGUGCGGCAGACGGCCUACAACGUCGAGGCGAUCGGACCAGGCAUCCUCGGCGGCGCUGCUGGCUUCGGUCCGCGACAUGUACCACCGGAAGGUCAUCCUUGAUGCGGCGGACCGGAGGCUAGAUGGCGAGUUCGACGGGAUGCAGAUGGAGCGCCUGCUCGUGACGGGGCUUUGGUGCGCGCACCAGGACCCGUUGCAGCGGCCUUCCGUUGCGCAUGCUGUGGACGUGCUACGAUCUGAAGGCGCAGAGCUGCCGGUGCUUGGAACGAUGGGUGGUUCUGGGGAGAUUCGCGCGUUGGAGGAACAGGUCUAUGGUGAUCUGUCUGCCGAGAGCUCCGCUUAUUUUGAUGAUUCCGAUGAAACUGCGUACCUUACUACCGAGGACCCAGCUUAUCCAAUUUAAAAUGUAGAUUUUUUUUGAGUGAAAAAAAUGCAGAUUACUCCUCCCUGUAGUUCAUUUGGUUGAUUACUUGAGCUGCCACUUAACGGCUCAUUGGACAAUUGUACCAUCAUUAAUCUUUGACCUAUGUGUAGGCAA